GUCUUUUAAACUUCAUCUUCAAAACUUUUGUUGUCGAAACAGAUGAUUACUAUUGAAUAAAAAAUAACUUAAUGUGUUCACAAAAUCACAAUAUUUUUACAGACUAUGAUAUAACUAAAUUACGGGGAAAUAAGAAAAAAGUAAUAUGGUAGCUGUAUUACACACAAAUAGUUCAUAAUUAAAUACAACAUAGUGCUGCAAGUACUUGUAGUAACUAAAUUAUUUUAAAAUUUCAUUGAAAUCUCAAACCAUGGAUGCCGAUGUAGUUGAUUACAACGAAGCUUUUAAAAUAUCUAACAUUCAAGAUUUUAUUGCAAAAAACAUAUGUUUCAAUUGUAAUAAAUUCUUGAAUAUAAGUCCUAUUUACUGUUUACAAUUUAACGAAGGAGAUAAAACUCAUAUUUCGCCCAUAUGUGGACGUUGUUGGCACAUAACUAAAAAUCAUCAAGGUAAUAAGUGGAGACAAAUGGUUUAUGAAGACACAGCUGCAUUUAUGACUUUUCCUUGCUCGUUUAAGGAUGAAGGUUGUGAUUUAAUUUUGACAUGGGAUCGAGUACUUGAUCAUGAAAUGGGCUGUUUGAAUGCAAUAGUAAAUUGCCCGGCAAAUUUCUGCAGGCAAGGUAGUAAGAUUGAAUUUUCUUGUACAUGGAAAGGAAAUACUACUCAAUUGGAAAAACAUAUUGAAACAUUCCACAGGGAUUCAAUAAUGGAUCCUCCUUACUUUGAGCAGCUUCCCAAUACAGAUCAAAUAUACUUUACUAGGGUACAAACAAAAUUAGCAAUGAUUAUUUUUUUAAAAGAUAGUGAUAGUAAGUACUAUUGUACUGUUUUAAUAAAUGGCAGUAAUGUAGAAAGUCAAUACUACCAGUAUCAAAUAGAAUUGAAAGAUAAGAGUGAAAAAAAUUCAAUAAUUUUAAGAAAAAGUCGAUUAGAACCAUUCGGAAACCUAUUAACUACAUUAGCUAGUGAAGACAAAAUGAUUGAGGUUAAUUUAAAAGCAAUACAACCUAUGAUUAGGAAGAAUCCUGAUUCAAGUCCAAUAGCAGCCAGGUUUGGAGUUGUCAAAAAAAAUAAGAGAGAAAUGCAACAGGUUGCUAGAGAAAAUGGUGUUAUUCUUAAAACAAACAAAACAUCUGCUAUUUCAAAUAUUCAUUUGCUGGAUGAACAUAUAUUAUCUGAACUAGAAUGCCCUGUGUGUAACGAAUUUAUGAUACCACCUAUUUAUAUUUGUGUAAAUGGUCACAGUCUUUGUAAUGAAUGUUUGGAAAAAGUUCAAUGUUGUCCUAAUUGCCGUAGCUCGUUAGAGAAUAAAACUCGUAACUUUACAGUAGAAAAACUUACUACUAAAGUACACUAUCCUUGCAAAAAUCGCGAGAUCGGUUGUGGAAUAUCAACUACAUCUGAUAAAAUUCGGGAACAUGAGAGAGUUUGUGAUUUAACCGACACGACUUGCAUUUUAAAAUGUGGAACAAAAUUAACAAGAUUAGCGAUUUAUAACCACCUCAACGAAGUUCACGCCGACAAUAUCUUGAAGAUUAAUCAUAUUCAUACUAGAGAUGUUCAUGAUAAAAAAGAAAAUAAUUUUGCUAUGUAUGCAUUUGGAGAUAUUUUUCGAUUUACCAUUAAAAGCGCAUACAAUUCGCCUCUUAAGUUCAACCUACAACAACUGGGAAAAGAUCAACAAGAACGUUUUCGGUACAAGCUGGAAAUAAUUGAUAAAUCUGAUCUUGAACUACAUGUCACAGUUACUAGUGUAGUACAACCGUUAUCUGAUAAUCCAAUGAAAUCAAAUGCAGUAUCGAUACCUUGGGAUUUAGUAAAACCUGCCAUUUUUGAUAAUAAAUUAUUUUGUUUUAGAAUAAAUGUGUUCGUUAUUAAGAAGAGAAAGUAAUAAAGAUAACGUUAUUAGACUAAAGUAGGAUGACUGGAUUCUUAAAAUGUUUUAAUUAUUUUUUAAUUUUGGUUUUAGUCAACUUGAUUACACUUUUAAAUUAAUUUUAUAAUGGAAGGAAAAAACGAGUUAGUUAUUAUUUAUUUCUGGUCAGUUCAAGAUUAUAUGCAUCUAUUUCAGUUUCGCUCAUUUAUUUGUUUACAUGCUUUUAUCAUUACCACAUGUUUUAAUUGAUUUCCAAAAAUAUUUAUGAUUUAAAAAAAGACAAUUACAUUAUUAUUUCGAUAACUAAGUUAUCGUCUUCAGAGACAGUUCACCUUCAGUUUCUGAAAACGAUAAAUUGGUUAUCGUAACGCACGUCAGUGUAAUUGUGAGUGUUGGUGUAGUGGUAGUGUAAAUAGUGUGUUCAGUAUGAAUAUUACCAACGGUUCCAAAAAUUUCAACAUAAUUUCAUUACUACCAUGUGUAUAUUUUUUAUUUAAGUUUAAGUAGUUUAAGACAAUCAGUUGUAAAAACAGAUCUUAGACGUUACAUAACAUGUAAUUUUAAAUACUGCAUCGCAUAAUUAUAGUCUCAUUUACCAAGCUAUCUUGUCAUUCUGGCUUUCAAUUGUAUAUAUGUAUUUAUGGUAUUUGGGGUAUCGUAUACAUUGCGACCCAAAGGAUCUAUUAUGUCCCCCUUUCUUGCUGCAAUACUGGAAAACCAAGUGUUUACAGCAGUUCCGUUAAUCCCCCGAGUUUGAAUGUUAUUAUAUUCGAGCUUAGAGCUCUAAUGGCUGCUUUGACUAUCAGACAGGAUGAUGAUCUGUUUACGAUAGUUGAAUUCAAUAAUGUUUCCGCAUUGUUUCUCUAACAUAAAUGGCUAUAAUAUCCCUUCUUAGAACUGUGUAGAAAUAAAGUUAAAAUAUUUACAUUGUCACAAAUUUUCAAUUUGUUUAAUCGAAUUUUUUCCUUCCAAUUAAUAAAACAAAUUUCAUACAACAGCAUGCAUAUUAAUAUAUAUUGAAAUGAGUUCUAAUGCUCUAUCUUCAGUAAAUUGAUAUAAUAAUAUGCUUAUAUCUAAACUGUUUCUUCCUUGGAAGCAUGAUGUAAAGACUACAGUAGUCUUUACAUCAUGCUUGGAACAUAUGGAACAAUUAUAAUCAAAUUAUUUUAAUGAUUUUUUUUUGGAAAACUGUGAUGACAAAUAAUUUCAUAUCUAGGAUAUAAUUGAAUCUUCAACAUAAUUGAUAAAGUGUAAUAGUUCAUCCUACCGUUGAUUUUUUAUUAAUUUAAAAAUAAACUUUAUUAAAUUUGUAAACUUUUAGUGACCGCACUGUAGAAUAAACAAGUUGAACUUUUUUAUAUAAUCCAGAGUGAAGUAAUGCAUAACAAUUAUACUGCUCAGCAGUUAGAGGAAAUUUUUUUAUCAAGUAAUAUUUAUAUUUAAUAUAUUUAAUAAAAAUAUGUUUAGUAGACCAUAUGUACCAUCAUCCACAAAGUUAUUUGUUGUUAUAUUGGAACUGUUCCUUUUUUAGAUUGGUUAUGUCAGUAAAUCUAACUCAAAUGUUAUGUCUUAUAUACCACAUUAAAUAAGAACAAAUCAAAUCUUUUUCAAUUUUCCAAUAUGUAUUUUUACCUAAUGACAUUUUUUUUAGUUUGUACUUUCAUUCUAAUAAAAUUUUCAUUUUUUCAUGUUUGUUUAUUGGAGUAGACCAAGUUAACACUCCUCAAAAAUAUUCCACAAAGUAAUAUCACAGUUUCCUCGCUCAAAGGCACCAAUUAAAACAAAACCAUUACUUUAACUCUAAAUAUUUCUCUAGAAAUAUAAUUUUGAAAAUAUCGGGCGAGAAGUUACAAUUUUAGCUUUUAAGUGGUGAGGCAGGUCUAAUAUUGGGACUAAAAAAAUGUUAUCCAUCUCAUAUAAAUCCACCAACUUCACCUUCUCAGGACAUAAGUUUGUUAAUUGAUUACCAAAUUAUGAAAGAACCUAUGGAAAGAAUAAAUAUAGAAAAUUAUCAGAUAUCAUUUAUUUUUUGCAACCGAACUUAAAGUCUGUCUCAUAAACUAAAUAAACUAGUAGGAAGAAUAUAGAAAUUUGAGAAAGGAAAUACUACAAGCUCAUCCAAUGCAGCAUUCUCAAAGAUUUCAAAAUGUGGUUUCAUGCUUCUCCAAGAACAAAUGAAAAGGUUUGAUAUUACUUAGAAAUGGAAAAAAAUUUAGUUAUCUAAUAGUUUUACUAAUUUUUUUUUAUUACAAACUUAUUCUAUUUGUUUUUGAUUUUCUGUAUUAGUUUCACUGGGAAUUGCUCCAACCUCUUGCAGCAGUUUCUUUUUCUCUUCAAAAUAGUUUUUGUACCAUUCUAUAUGUUCUAUUUUUGCUUCAACAGUUAAAUAUGGAUUUUUUGACAGACCCACACACACCAGCUCCAUAUAAUGUCUAAUGGGACCUUUCGGUGGACACCAAGGCUCCAAGUG